AUGCCUCGCGAGGGAACACGUUCUGCCACCGGCAACUCGAAGCCGCGCGUCUUCCAGACCAUCGACACGGCCCCGGCCAUCAAGCGCACCACCGCGCCCAAGACAAAGAAGUCAACUACGACUCCCAAGCCCGCCGGUGUCAAGAAGGCGGCCGCCCCCAAAAAGAACGGCGUUGGCGCAAAGGCAAAAGCUGCCGUGCACAAGGUCGAGGCAAAGGUUGGCAAGACCGAAGCCAAGACCAAAAAGACAGCGACCAAGGCAUGA